UUGUCUGCUGCAUCUUCGACGCCACCUACAUCGUGGAAAGCACGCCGCUGAUCUCAAAGCACAAUCAAUCAAAUAUUAAUUAAAAUGGGAGUCGAAAAACAAGUUAUAACAGCUGGAGACGGAAAAACUUUUCCAAAGAAGGGAGAUUCACUAUCGAUGCACUACACUGGAACAUUAACAGAUGGUAAAAAGUUUGACAGUUCAAGGGAUCGUGGAAAACCGUUUUCCUGCAAGAUCGGUGUCGGUCAGGUGAUUAAAGGUUGGGAUGAAGGAGUUAUGACGAUGUCCGUAGGUGAGAGAGCCAAGCUAACUAUCACUCCAGACUAUGGCUAUGGGGCAGCUGGAGCCGGUGGAGUUAUCCCUCCAAAUGCUACCCUCAUCUUCGAUGUGGAGCUAAUAAAGAUCGGCUAGAUGCGACGACCUACAGGGAUUUUACUUUUAUACAUGAAGGAUCUAUCACAUAUUAGUAAUUAUGUAUUGUAGUUCAAUGUCCACACUGUAUCAGUGUAACCUAUGAUGUUAAUGGUGAAAUAAUUUACUCAGAUAUAGCAGAAAUGUUACAACAAAUUAGAAACAAUUUUAAACAAAUGUUGGCACAUUUCCUAUCAAAUGAUUUUAUGCAAGAAAACUAUACCCAGAAGCAAAGGGAAAUGUUUGCCUUAGAUAAAGACUCAUUAAUUUGGUUUAAAAUCUUAAGUUUGAAAUGAAAGCAGUUAUGAGUUCUUAGAUUUUUUACAACCAUUAUAAUCGGCACUUCAUGUUAUUCAUUGUCAUAUAUGACGUUUUUGUAUAACUAACAUUAUAGAAGUUCUCAAACAUGGUAAAACAAAAUAACUGGCAAAAGAUUGUGCUAAGUUACGAGAUCUUGACUUUGGCAGUGCCGAAAUGGGCGAUUAUAAAACAACUACCAUGUGCGUGAUGUUUGACAUACAGUGUUCUACUUUAACUUUAAUACUCGCUCAUUUGGAAUCAUGAAAAUUGGAAACAUCUUUUUUUGGACCAUUUCAUUUCAAUGUGUUCUUUUUUCUGUAUUAAUCAUGUAUACAUACUAUUUUUGCAUUUUGAAAACUCGUUUUUAAGUUGAAUAUGUCUUUUAUACAAGCUUUGCUUAUAGUCAAUUGAGUUCAUGUAAUUACUUGUUGAAAUAACGUGAAAUAAAAUACCAUCCUAUGUCAUGAACUUUUCUGAAUAAAAUAUCCACUUCA